AGAUUGCAAUGGUAAGAACCGGGGCCUGGACUGCACAGGGACCAGGUUCUGCUUCCCAAAGCAGCAGACCCUGCGCUUCUAUUGGUAUUUAAAAAUUCCAAAUCAAAAUGCUCUUCAUUCUCUUCUUCCUUGUGCCUCUCCCUUCCUCCUCCCUUAUCGCAUCGCUUCCUUCACCGCUCUGCAAUUGCAAUUGACUAUUGAGACUUGCCUCGUCGUUUCCCUUGGUCUAGCCAUAAUCCAACUCCAAACCGUAAAAUUCCUCAACUGCAGUGCUGCUCGCAACGUACACGUCUAUCCUGUUCCGGUUUCAAAUGGGAUGCGGAUUUCAGCCAGCCUAGUCCCUGCUGAGCACGAGUCAUAGAAGAAGACGGCAAAGCCUAGCAAACGUUGUACCAGGUGGAUCUACUUCCAAUAUUACAUUUAUGGGUAAGGUUGCAACUUCUUCAUCCGAGCCUUUAUCUUGCGAGGCUUCCAAUUAUGAUGAGGUCUUCAUGCAGCAGAGCUUGCUCUUUGAUGAUAGUCUGAAGGAUUUGAAAAAUCUCAGAACUCAAUUAUACUCAGCGGCUGAGUAUUUUGAACUCUCAUACACCAAUGAUGACCAAAACCAGAUAGUGGCCGAAACAUUGAAGGACUAUACCGUCAAAGCUCUUGUAAAUACAGUGGACCAUUUAGGUUCUGUAACCUAUAAGGUGAAUGAUUUGUUGGAUGAGAAGGUUGUUGAAGUUUCUGGAACAGAGCUACGUGUAUCUUGUAUUGAACAGAGAAUGAGGACAUGCCAAGAGUAUAUGGAUCAUCAGGGGCGUGUCCAACAGUCACUAGUGAUCAGUACCCCAAAAUAUCACAAGCGUUAUAUCUUGCCAGUUGGGGAGACGAUGCAUGGUCCUAGCCGCCCAAAAUCAAAAUAUGUUGGAUGCAGCCUAGCUGUAGAUGAUGAAGAUUGGCAUCACUUCAAGAGUGCUGUACGAGCUACAAUCAGAGAAGUCCCAACAUCCGCACCGAGCAGGAAAGGGCGUUCCCCUUCACCUUCUUUACAGACUCAGAGACCCGGAUAUUUUUCAACUACUUCCACCUUUCCAAAAAGAGACUCAGAGAAGAGGACAGUUUCACCUCACAGAUUUCCGCUAUUCCGUAGUGGAUCUCUGUCGAGUAGGCCCACAACACCGAAGUCCAGUAGGCCAACUACUCCAAACAAAAGCAGACCAACCACACCAACUCCUUCCAUUGAAAGAAGAUGGUACCCUUCCGACCCUCGCAAAUCAGCUUCAAUGCGAUUAUCUGCUGAAAGAGACACAGAUAGGGGCAGAGGCGGAGACGUAGAACAGAAUCCCAGUAAAGGCAAACGUUUCCUCAAGGCCUUGCUUAGCAAACGCAAGUCAAAGAAGGAUGAGAUGCUAUACACAUACUUGGAUGAGUACUGAUAAUUGUACAACCUAAUAGAAUGCAAGAGGAAUGAUGCCUUCUGUAUAAAUUUGGAGAUAACUGAAUAUUUCUUGACAUUUUUGUUUUUGCUGUGGUUUUAUGGGUUCCAUGUCUUUAUCUUGAUCA